AUGAGAUUUGGAUUCGACGAAACGGAAUCGGAAGGAAAAUCCCAAGGCGGACGUCAAUCUGUAACGCCGACAUCAUCAAUUCCGUCUUCAAAAGCAGAAAUCCAAUGGGUUUUACUCCAGAACCACCCGCUUUUCUCUUCCACAGCGGAAACUGUCGGAGACUCCAGUAUGCCAAGGAAUCUCAUGACCUGGGACGGGGCCUCUCGCCUUUACUUUUGGGAUUCUAACAAAAUGUGUGUCCAUAGAAUAUCUAUUCGGUUGGGCGAACCCGACACUGGUUCAAUUCUCGCCGCAUCCCCCUCCAAGGUAUUGCAAGCAGAUGUUCCUCUCAGUUUUCAUGUUGAUAAGAUUUCUGCGAACAGAAAUGGAUCAGCAUUGCUUCUAGCUGGUUCGGAGGGUUUGUGUGUCAUGUACCUCUAUGGACGUUCUUCGAUGGAAGAAAAUAUUAUCAUUUGUCGGACAGUGUCAAUUGGCUCGGAGAUAUACUUCAACAGGAAUAAUUACAUCCGCACAUUACAGAUUUCUUGGCACCCUUACAGUGACACUCAUAUUGGAAUCCUUUCCUCUGAUUCAGUUUUCAGAAUUUUUGAUUUGUCAUCAGCUCUCGAACAACCAGAGCAGGAAUAUUAUUUGCAACCUAUAGAACCUGGUAGUUCAUGUAAAGCUGCAUCAAUCUGCCCUGUGGAUUUCUCUUUUGGGGGUGAUCAUUUGUGGGACAGAUUCAGUGUUUUUAUCUUAUUUAGUGAUGGAUCCAUAUACAUCCUCUGCCCCAUUGUUCCCUUUGGAAGUGUACACAAAUGGGAAUCAAUUCUGGAAAUAUACAAUGAUGCCCAUACAUUUGGGAUGAAAUCAUCCAACUUGAAAGCAGUUAACAAUUCUAAUCUAGCGAUCUCUUGGUUAGAAUCCACGUUUCCUGGAUUAGCUGGUCAAGCAGGAGAAGGUGGAAACUUAUUUUCAAUUAAAGCUCAGCCUUAUGUUCUAUUUGAUGCAUCUAUUUCAUUGCAGGGACCUCUUCGUAAUGUAUAUCAUAGUCUAGGAGAGGAUUCUGAAGUUCAGAGAGGAGUUUGUGAAGGGCGGGCAGUCAGUUUUUUGUACAAUUUGGUUAGCAAGGAUUCAAUUCUUGUGACUGCUUGGAGUGGUGGUCAAUUGCAGAUAGAUGCUUUAGCUGAUGAAAUACAGCCAGUUUGGAAAGUAGGUAGUGCACCUCGAGUUUGUGUCGAUUCGUAUGAUCAUAUACUUGGUGUUGCCAUGAUUUGUGAAUCAGUUCCUACUGGUUUCUCCGUUUUGAAGUUUGAUCAGCCCCAGAAUCAUACGGCCUGGUUAGGGCAUCCACCUCCCCUGUUGAGGCUGGCCAUUGUGGAUUUAGCUUUGCCAAUGAAAAAUGAUCUUCUCAUUUCAAUGAUUGCUGAUCCCAUUGUUGGAGAAGGAAUAUAUUGCCUUCAUAAUGAAGGAAUAGAUUCGAUAGUGUUGCACUUUCUCCCUUUUACUAGCCAGGCAAGUGGCAAGGUAGAGGAGAUGAAAACUCCUGCUGUGCAUGCUGUUCUUAGUACAUGCUCAGGAAAAUCCUCGAGCACAUCUUCUCUUCAUGGUUUAUUGGCUUUAUCAGAUUCAUUUGGGAGUUCAUGGAUCGUGGGGCUUACUGCUUCUUGGGAAUGUAUUGUGCUACAGAUGGAGACUUGGAAUCUGUUGCUUACUCAUACUAUAGAAAAGGGGAAGUCGCCUGUCCUCUUUGAAGAGCUAAAAGAGAUAGACACUCCCACUAUUAUCAGCAAAGAACUCCUUGCUGGUCCUAAGGCAGUUAUGUUACCACAUUCUGCACCUAAUUUACGCUCUGUGACUGCUGAUUCUAUUGAAGGACGUGCAACUCUUCAUCAAUAUUUCAAGCUUUUCCAUGAAAAUUACAUGGAAUAUGCUCACAAGGUGUAUUUCGAACUCCAGCAUCAUGCACCUCAUUUGAAGAAAAUCAUUGACAACCAGUAUUCUCGCUUGCGUGAAUCGCAGCAGAAACUUUUGGAAGUUGAAAAGAAACAGGAGAAGGUAGAGAGUCGCAUUGAACGAGCAGUUCAGCUUCACAAUUCUUUAGAAGAGCGCUUACAUAAGUUGAAAAGUCUAUCAGGACUACAGAAAAAGCCACUGUCCAAGGCAGAGCAAGACUUCAAGUUAGAACUUGAUAGAUUUACUGGAGUGGAGUUGGAUGCCUUGCGCUCUUCCAUUGAAGCUCUGAAUGCACGUGAAGGAAUAUGGAAAUUGGGUUUGGAGAAAUACAGGGUUGUUAUGAAGCUUGAACGGUUCAGAAUGUCGAUGGAGAGUUGA